AUGAAUCUAACACCUAGCUGUUCCAGGAUUAUAAUUAUUUUCACCGUAACGCUCUUCCUACCGUCCUCGUCAGCUUUCAAACUACCAACUGCUCCUGGAUCACGGGAUUCACGUACGGACAACCAUCCGGGACAGCCGCGCUUCUUUCGCUUUUCCCAGCAUCGACCCGACUCGAACGGGAGUAAAGUUCCAUCGAAUCAAUUCUACCGAAUCAGUAUGAAUGCGACACUACGCCCGUGCGACGAAGCUGACGACCACCGGGAGCCGGACUAUGUACCAUCGAACCCAAUGAAUGCAGCCUGUCAGACGAGAAUAAUGUCGGAAAUUUAUAUCGAAACCUUAUCUGGGUAUGACAAUCGAAUGCCGAAGAAAUAUGAUGCCCAGCAGGGCGGACCUCGGCCAGCACAUUGGGAUAUCUACGGUAUGCACUUUCAUUUCCUGCUGGAUGAAGUGUUUUUGCCUGACAGUGGCACUUAUGGCCGAUUGAAGGAAACAUUCGUGAUUAACGUCACCCUGGAGAUGACCUACGGUUUGUACGCGCUGGAGAAGAUUCAGGAGUCGAACUGUUACCUGCUGUCUGAUGGCACAACACCACCACCGAAUUCGAACCAACUCAAUUCGCCAACGAGCCCAGAUCAGGAACGUAUGAUGCAACCGAAUGCCAAUGAGCGUAUCUUCCUCGGCAAACAAUACCACAUACCAUCAGCGACACGGUACCCAGUCAGGGAGUUCACCGACGAUGAAGCCGAUAAGCGGAAGGCUAUACGAAGAAAAGUUGGGCGAAUGUUUUUCCAGCGCUUAAAUCACCGCCCCGAAGGUCGAAAUUAUGACGCCGACUCGAGACAGGAUUCUACUGGUGGAAAAUUUUUGGCGUCGAAAGUUUCCAAUUUCACUGGUGCUGAUGCGUGGGAUAACAAUAAUAAUGUUGGUGAACAAACAUUACAUCAGCAAAUCGAUUCCAUCUCGCACACGCACUUCCUCCGGAUUAAUUCGAGCUCAAUUUUCCCCGGUGGCACCGGUCUCCGCCAACACCGUGCCCCUUCGUCAAGGGAAAAUCCACUACAGGAAAAGAGUACCGAACCGAGAAUCUAUCGGCAGCGUUACCACCCAGAGCCUCCCCUCAAUAUCCUACGGCAGCGGGACGUACAAGUGCCGAGCGCCGAUACCGGGCGCCAAACCGCAUCUGAUGGCCACAACGAAUGGAACGGCGGAAAAUUGCGUUCGACUGGCGGUGAACGCAGUGAGAUCGGUGCGUUUCGAAGUCACCACCCGCAUCGUAACCGAGCUAUGGUGGGUGGUGAGUUUCGUGAUGGGACGCUUCUGAUGGCGCCGCAGCAACCAUUGCAUUCAUCAUUCGCUGCCUCAGGCGGAAAUCAAUGGCAACAUUUUCCCGCAGACGUUUUAUUGCCGACUUUCUACGAUGAUGGUACCGCUUUUGGUAAUUACCCCGAUUACGGUGGAUUGGGCAACAAAAAGAAACUGGAUGGGAAUGGAGGUAGCGAGCAUGGGGCGCCGCUGGACAUGGUGAAUGAUUUAGCCGACAGUUUACGUCCGAGAUCGUUGUCGAACAGGAGAAAACUUACCCGAAUAUGGAGACGAAGACUGUGGGAACAGAUGAAGAAAACGGAAAAAGUUUCAAUUGAUGCUGAAAGAGAUACCCAGUCAAGGAGGUACUCGUUCUACCGAGUGAUGGACCCACCCAUAGCGACGGAACCUUCUUCAACCGUAAGCAUCACCAGACAGCUGUUGUCAGACUCACCCGAGCGGAAAAGCGCGGUCAUCGUCGAGUCAACAAGAAUGACAACCUCAUCGGAUAUGUAUGCCAACGCAAUCAGUUCAAUUAAGUUCCAUGCCGCAACGGACGUCCCCCGAACCGAUCAGCCAGUUUCCACUGCCGCCACUGCGAUAAAUCCCAGAACGACAAUGAAAUCCGGUCGCCAGCAUUCAGCUGGUGAGGAUAAUGGAAUCAAAGUCAAAGUCAAUCAUCGAUAUCCUAAAUCGGCCAAAACGGCACACGACGCAGAAUUCAAUCACGACACGUUGAUGCUAAUUGAUUCGAAUGGGUCUAAUUUAUUGUUAUGGACUGAGAGGCCUCUUCUAGGCCAGCAAGAGAAACGACCUUCGCCGAAUGGGGUCCGCUUUUUGGAGCGAGAAAAUCACGCGGAGCAGUUUGAAAAUCCCCAGCUGCUCCCGGCGAAGAUGACAAACGAUGCCAGCUUAGGCGACGGGAUGGAGCUUGACGGCAGCAAAUCGAGCCAGUUGCAUAAAUCAUUUGGCAAUCCGAAUCGUUAUUUAAUUUGUCCGGACGUGGCCGUCAACAGGAAAGUGAUUGCAGUGGAAAGUGUUCGCCGGUACGACGGCGAGCAACAAGCUGAGCUGAAACAGUGCGAGUCGGGUUUGUGCCUGAAGGUACCCGUAGUCGUCUCCGUUGCAUACAAGUAUGAGAUACAGCUGGCAUACUCGCUGGACCAAAUUGUCCCACUGGAAUCCGACGUGCCAGCACCGGUCAGCUAUCGCGUUAAAAUUACCAACAUUAUCACAAGCUUCCAUGGUCCACUGGUGUCGGCGUUAAAUGGUAAAUCCUCGAGCUAUACCGAUCCACCUCAAUCCAAACGUCGACAGAUACGAACUCUCCGCCCGGACGGUGAUAUUAAUCAAGUGGGACUCGAGCUGGCGCUACUAAAUUUGGGUCAACAACGUGAAUUAGUCCAGGUCAAUAUUGAUUCUGCUUGUUUAUCGCUGUUAAGUGCGCUCACCGUCGCUUACCUGAAUCAAGCCAAGGAGCAGCGGCUUGUUACGCUUGGAUCGGGACAACUGCAAACGGUACGGAUGCGGUUCCCGAUCAACGUCACCGCGGUGUUGGCUCACCGGGAGCAGUUUGAGUGCCGAGCAACGGCAACCCGAACCAAGGAAGUGAAAAAAGGUUCUAUCUUCGUGUUCCGACAUUCGAAACAACCAUCGCAGCAACCUGCUGCCGUCGCGGUGGUGCAGCGGAAGUUUUUAAUUAAACCAGGAGCACGUUGUGUGUGUUCGGAUUUUUCCUGUGAAUGCAUUUGCCUGCUCGGGCCGGCAGUGCCAUCGAACACGGAACCGGUGCUGCAGGCUUCGACAGGUAACACCGACAAUGGCUACUGUAAAAUAAUUUCCACCGAAAGCGUCACCGCAGGAGCUGACAUUACCGACCGGAAGCAGUGGCUCCCUGUGAGGAUGGGUGGCUUUGUGUAUGGAAUUUGGGUGCUGUUUCUGGUGCUGCUGGCGGUGCUGAUGAUUUUAGGAUGCAGUAAAGCUCUGCUUGGAUGUUGCUGUGGAAGAAUUGGCAGGUGGGGGUACGAUUAUUUACAACCAACGGUUCGGUAUCAGGAUUCAUCCCGAUAUCGACGAUUUCUGAUAAAUCUCAUCUUCUUCCUGGUAUACCCGUGUGUGUUCUGCUGUCGCUGUUUCGAGCACCGGGAUCACUCGGACGAGGACGACAAGCUGCUGCAGCAGCAAGGACGACUGAAGGGGACAAUAUUGUUGCAGCAGCAGCAGGAAAUUCAAUCGGUGCUGUCCAGUGCAGAGUAUGAUGAUGAUAAUGAUGACGCGUUAGACGAUGGAUGGCAAACGGGUGGCAGUCGUCGAAGUCGGCCCAGCAAGUACUGGGACAGCGAAGCACCACUGACGACGGCAAGUGAUGAAGAGUUGCACAAACUGUUGAUGGAGAUCCGCUCCGGCGAAGACGGUGGUGCUGGAGUGGUCGGUGGAAGUCGCUACUACCAAAACAGGAAAGAUGAGGAAAAUGAUACCAAGUUCGUGCUGCAUGCGAUGGACGAGUGCCGGAAAUCUUUGCAAACGUUAAACGACAGGACGCAAACCAAAUCCAACGGGGUCAGCGACGUCGGAUCGAAGGAGGAGGAAGGUGCAGCGGCCAACUUGACGGUUUGCCAGCUACUGAAAGCCAAAAUAGUCUAUCGGCGCAUGGAUGGACCCUGUGGAUAUGUUCUGAUAGCUGAUAGGCAACCGUAUUCCAUUCAGGGGUACUUUAUUGCUAUUGACAAGACCAGGUAUCAAUUUUUUACGCACGCAUUGACGAGACAGUUUUGGGAGAUUCGGAAGGACGAUAAGAAUUAUGCACAUCGAUUCAAGAUGGAACCAAGAGUAUUGAUUGCCAGGAGUUUUACUAUGACUUAUGCCAGCGAAUUGGAAGUCUUGCGGCGAAAUGAUUUAUCUGAUAAACCCUUGCCGGAGGCACCAUGUAUUAAUGUUGAGCAUCUUCACUAG